AUGUCAAAGUCGGAGCCAUCAAGCCUAAAAUCAAUAGCUACUAUAAUCUGCAGUGAAGCUAUAUUAAACCUAUAUGAUGAUGGCAAAGGAGAUAGUAGAAAUUAUUUAAUUCAAACCUUAUUAUCAGAUGAUUAUGGUGACAUAGCCUUAUCAAUACUUGAAAGAAUCAUAAACUUUUACCCUUCAUUCCUGACUGAUGAAUUACUCUUCACUCUGAUACCGGAACUUUGCAAGAAAUUAAGACUUGGGAAAUGUCAGCAAAUAACAGGAUGCAAUCUGUUGAAAGUUGUACAAAAGUGCCAGUUGUUAGAGAUAUUUGAUAUAGGUGGAUGUGAACAGUUAAUGUUGCCAGCAUUAUUUAGUGUUCUUGGUGGAUUAUUGUUAAAUUUAACAACAGUUGAUAUUAGUGAUUGUAGAACUAUCACAGAUGAAAUUGUACAGGAUCUGUUAAAAAGUUCAAGAUCAUUGAAUCAUUUGAAUGUUUCAAACUCUGACAGCCUUACUGAUGAUGCCUUUCUUUUAGAUUUAGAAUCUCAGGAUAUGAAUCUUAUUAUUUCACAGAAAGAAUGUGGAUUUAAAGAGACGGGUGUGAAUAUUAAAACUAUUAAUAUAUCAGCAUGUGAAAAUCUGACCAGUUUAUCUGUAGCUUAUAUUUGUGCUUUAAGUGGACCGAAUCUUCACAGUAUUAAUAUGUCCUAUACUAAGAUUUCCAGCAUAGCUUUGUUAUACCUUUCUGGCUAUUCUCUAUCUCUUGUUGUAAACUUAUUACUAACCACCCAACAGCUAUAUAGUCCAGAGUGUGGGGUGAUGUCAGAGCUAUUGGUUAAAUUGAAACAUAAAUGUUUAGGACAAAGAAAUUGCUUUUCAAAUGAAGGAUUCUGUGAUUGUUUGCAAAAAGUCCAACAAAAAGUAAUGGAAAAUGAUUCUAUAGAUGACAUAUUGGACAAAAAUUCCACUGAUGACCAGUGUUCUAGCAGUUGUAUAAAAGCUCUUAGUCAGUCUGAUAACAUUGAUUGUGAAAAUAUUCGGAGCAUUGAUGAAUUAAAUCAAGAAUCAUCUACUGUUGAGAUUGAUUGUGAAUUGUGGCUUCAGUAUUAUGUUCCCUACCUGAAGUCUAUUAACUAUUCAGUGAUAAGAACUAACAUCAGUCCUAUUGUUUUCCCAGUGUUUUUUAAGAGUGUUAAACUUUUUCACCUGACAAUAAGUAUACAGUGUUUACAGGGAGAAAUAGCUGAUAUUUUUAUUUCAACACAAACUGAUUUAAUGGAACUUUGUCUGACACCAGAAGUUGAAUUAAUAUCUGAUUCUGUCAUCAAACUUGCCCAACUUCCCCUCCAGCUGUCUAAAAUAGAUUUUACAAGUUUGUUUAUGUUAUCUGAUGUAUCUAUAAUUCCAUUAAUAUCAGAAAAUCUGGCCAUUGUUAAAUUAUCAGAAUGUGGCAUUACAGACUUAACACUCAAACUUCUUGCUAAGAAAUCAUCGUUAAAAUGGUUAGAUCUAUCAUGGUGUGAAGAAAUAACAGAGACAGGAAUAAGUUGUUUUACUAAAUCAUGUGGACUAUUAGAAUAUCUUAAUUUACGUCAUUGUGAUGUGAAUAAUCAGAUAUUGUAUAAUAUUGCCGAGAAUUGUCAGCUGAUCAAAGAUUUAAAUUUAUCAUGUAUUGAAGGGUUAUUAGAUGAAGCUGUUAUUGAAAUAGCUGAUAAUCUGCCAUUUUUAGAAGAAAUUGAUAUAAGUUGGAAUUCAGAAAUAACAGAUAAAAGUAUUGUAGCAUUGUUUACAUGUAGUAAAAACUUGAGAGUUGGAACUUUUAGUGGUAAUAAGAGAAUAACAUCAGAACCAAUGUAUCUUUUAGUUACAGAUCUUAAAAAUUGGAUGCAAAGUCAACAUUCAAAAAAGUUUUUAAGAAGACAGAAGAAACAGUUACACGAUCAAGAAUAUUUUGAUUAUAGAAGUGAUGAUGAGGAGGAUAUAGAAAAUUAUCUACCAAGAAGGUCAGCUAUAUAUGGUUGUAAUUUGAAGAAAAUUAAUCUUGAGUAUGUUGAUGAUAUGAGUGAUGAAUUAUUAGCUUGGAUUGCAGCCUUCACUUUCAGUUCUCUUGAAAUUAUAGACUAUUACAGUGAAAAAAUUAAACCUGCUAAAUUCAGGGUAGAAAAUCAUAGACUCUUGAUGCCUUGA